AGUGACCAAUAUUGAGUUUCCACAUUCCCACUUUUGUUUUUGGAAUAGUUUUUUAGUCGUACUCGUGUGUUGAGUUAGUGAUAAUUAAUGAUAUUGGGAUCGUGGUGCAUUUUUGAUUUUCAUAAAAUUAACUCCUGCAUAUGGCAAUAUGAUUGAUGCGUGAUUCCUCGUUGACCUUCCGUAGAGAGUAGAUUGGCAAAAUGAGCAGUCUUGCUGUCGAUGGAGUGAAGUGCUCGAAGUGCAAAGCGGUGCGGGAAGUGGUGGCGUCGAGCACCUUAGUCGGACGCCUCGUGUUCCAGAACUGGUCUCGCUUCGAAUGCAGGCACGUUGGCCUGGUAAAUCUAUUUUCGCUUUGUAUCCGCUGGCAACAUGUUUGAAGGAAUAUGCUUGUCUAUUUUAUCUAUGGGGAGUUGUUCUAGAUUCGGCGGUCAUUAUGAUUUAAGAACUUACUGUCGUACUGGAUAGUUGGUGGUCGCUGAAAAUGAUUAUUAUUUUAAUAUAAUGCAGGCUUGUGGGUCCAUUCAACAAUGCGGUUAUGCGCAGCUUGUGCCACGACAUAAGAGGGCAGCAGUAGCUGCUGCAGGAGAGUUGGCGGUGGAGCAGUAUUUGUCACAAGCUGCGAGCGAUAUUGCAGCGGAAGGAACUGCGCCGCGAGCUGCUCAAGGUUCAGUUUUACCUUCCCGUGGGCCUGCGAGUAAAAGGAAGGUUAUUUUCGGUAAAACCUCUGCUGCUGCUGCAGCUCGCUAUGCCGCUGAUAUUCGGGACGGGAAGUCGGUACUUACGACUUCCAAGAGGGCUGCAGCAGACGAAGGCGCGAUCUCAGCGAAAAGAUCAAAAUCCAUAGCAGCAUCUUCUCCUCCUAGUUCAAUAGGACAAGCAGCACCUUCAUCUAUUGGAACAAUAGGACAAGCAUCAUCUUCUUCUUCUAGGCCAAUAGGACAAGCGUCAUCUUCUUCUUCUAGGCCAAUAGGACAAGCACCAUCUUCUUCUUGUAGGACAAUAGGAGCAGCAGCUUCUUCUACUUGUGGGACAAUAAGGCAAGCAGUAGCACUAAGCCUUGGCAAUGGGCCAUCUUCUGCUAUUGGGACGAAAUCAGGAAAGAGUGCAACUUCUCCGCGGCCUUCAUCUUCCUCUGCAUGGUCGGAAGACGAUGGAACAGAUUCCAAAAAGCCUGCAGCAUCAGCUUCAGGCGGGAAAAGGGUAGCAGCAUCGUCUUCCUCUGGGAAUCCUGGGAAGAGUCAGUCGGGGGUGAUGGCUGCGUCGUCUAUGUUUCUAUCGCGUGGGAGUGGUGGCCCGGGGAAGCCUGCUGAUCACACAAAACGAGCCGCCUCCGCAUCAGAAGGGCAGCCAGGGGGAAAACGGGGGCGGCCGAAGAAGCACAUUCCCGGGAGUGAUGAUGACUUCAGUGAUUUGUCUUCAACUACGGGGGAUGGGGACGGAGGGCCAGAUGAUGAGGACGACGAUUCUCACGGGUCGGGGGACGAGGAGGAGCAACAGAGUGUGUGGGUGGUUCAGCGCAUUUCUGGGAUGAGGAUUCGUCAACGUCCCAAUGAGGAAGCUGAGCGAAGGACUUUGCAGGGGGUUGUAAAUCGGCGCAAGGAGAGGAUUUCGGGCAGCGCCGCUUUCUGUGCUCUGCGUCGGGAGGGCGCCUUGUCGGCGGCGAUGAUGAAGCACCAACCGCGAAGCAACGUGGCCCGUGCAUUCAUUUCCCGGCUAAUGGCUUCGUGGGAGGUGUUUAACCCGGUUAGCGGGGUGCGGAGGUUGCUGACGGCGUUGCCACGGUCAAAGGGGAAGCACAUUGGGUCAGUGCAGAACAGGAUGCGGCGAUUCGAAAACGUUCUGCGAACGUGGAGCGCGUGGUGGGCGUUGAAGCGGCGCCUUCGGACGGUUCUGCAGUUGCCAGACGGGGCGAGCCUGAGGAACCACGUCGACAUGAGCAAUUGCGACGAGGUCCCGUGCUUACGGCGGUACGCUGAAGUCGGGGGCUAUUCGUUAAAUUUUUCGAAUAUUAACGACGACAACUUUGCUUACGCGAGGGAGUCGGGCGUGCUGCAUGGUUCCAUUCUCAUGUGGGUGCACUCGGAUCCGGCGUUGCGCAUUCCGCCUACGGUUGUGCUAUCUCGUGAUUGGGUGAUUGGUUCGAGCAAGAAGAAGCGGCGACGAUUCCGGCGGUGCGUGGAUGCGGUGAAAGGAUUCGGGGAGGCGCGUGUGAGUUCGGAUAACAAGCGAAGCGGGUACUUUGACAGGGAUUUGUUUUGGGCGGAUAUGCAUCGGCUGGGGAGGAAGAAGGUGGCGGCGCGCGGGAUCAAGCGGCCGCUGGUGGUUCUCCUCGACAGUGCGAACUUCCACUCUUACACCCCUGCGGAGGCGCAGGACUUCGAGGACCAGUAUGGGAUCUUUCUCCUAAAGAUUUUGGGUGGAAUAACGCCACUAGUGCAGCCCGUGGACGUGUGCAACAUCGCGAGCAACGUGCGAAACUGUGGCCAGAUGCUGGCGGAAGAGGACAAAUGGGCAACGACAUUCGAGACGGCCUCAUACUGGACGAGCUUGCGGGAGCGGGAGGAAGAGCGAUGGCACCAGCUGCAACACUUCGAGAAGUGUGGUUUCAGCUUGGACGGGGAUGUUUGCGAGGAGGUUGGUUCAGAGUUGUUCAUGUUCUUAGCGCGGACGCGUGAACUACAUCCGCAGAAGGUGGCUGCUCUUGAUGCGCAGUACCACCGUCAAGCGGUCCGCGGCGCUGCUCCAGUGAGUGGGUAGCGCCGAGUAAGUAGAGGAGUAAAAUGAGGGAGGAAAGGGCAUUUGAAUGAAAUUACCUUAUCGCUGUCGUUUCACUUAAAGCAGGGCUCUGAGGCUUUCUAGCAGGUCGUUUAGGUCGUAGUGCUUUAGUAAUCACAGCGCGCAAGCGAUGGCAACACAAAAAGGAGAAGCAAAAGGACGCAAUCGGGGAAGGGUUUGGGGCCUUUCUCAGCCCGCAGAAUUGUCCAAAAAGUUGCCGAAAAAUCUAAAAACUCGAGCACUUUAAUGGGAGAAAUUCAAGCCGAUUUAUAAACAAGAGAGCUUAGGGAAAUCCAUGCGCCUUUAGCGUUUCAAGGGGUUGGAAAAUAAAAAAAGGCGGCGAAGACAAUCCCCACUGAUGUGACUUUUUUCCCUGUCCCCUUUCUUUUUUGGCUGGGGGUGGCUGCACAAC